AAACGUUUUGCAACAGAAUCGGCGUAAUGAUUACACCCAGAGAGUAACCCAGUUUGCGCUGAGCUGUUGUAAAAUCACAGCUGGUUCAGCAUCCACCACAACAACACACUGCUUAGCAGAAAAGCGAAUUUAGAUUUUCUCCUCUGAUUUGGAACACCUAAACAGGUACGCUGGAAUUUUCUGACACCCACUCGGACAUGUCCUAUGUCUUCAUUAACGACUCGUCGCAGACCUCCGUUCCCCUGCUGCAGGCCUGCAUUGACGGGGACCUGCCUUUCGCCAAGCGGCUACUGGAGACGGGCUGUGACCCAAACAUACGGGACAACCGGGGUCGUACGGGCCUGCACCUAGCGGCUGCCAGGGGGAACGUGGACAUCUGUUGGUUCCUCCAUAAGUUUGGGGCAGACCUCCUGGCUACAGACUACCAGGGUAACACAGCCCUGCACCUCUGUGGACAUGUGGAUACCAUCCAGUUCCUGGUGUCCAACGGCCUCAAGAUAGACAUCUGUAACCACAACGGAUCGACUCCCCUUGUACUGGCCAAGAGGCGCGGGGUGAACAAGGACGCUAUCCGUCUGCUGGAGGGCCUGGAGGAGCAGGAAGUUAAAGGAUUCAACAGAGGAGCCCACUCCAAACUUGAAACCAUGCAGAUGGCUGAGAGCGAGAGUGCAAUGGAGAGCCACUCCCUGCUCAACCCCAACCUCCAGAACAGUGAGGGGGUACUGUCCAGUUUCAGGACCACCUGGCAGGAGUUUGUAGAGGACCUGGGCUUCUGGAGGGUGCUGCUACUACUGGUGGUUAUCGCCCUGCUCUCCCUGGGCAUCGCUUACUACGUCAGCGGGGUGCUGCCCUUCUCUGCCAGCCAACUGGAGCUGGUACACUGAGGAGGGAGAGAGGAACGGUCGGAACUGGGGCACAGAUAGAGGAAGGAGGGGGUUUUAAAAAAGAGGACAAGAAUGGAAGGUUUGGGGCGACAUGCAAGGAAGCACUGGGGUUUAGAUUGUAAAGGGGUGGGUGGAUGUUUUAACUUUUAGAUUCACUCGCGCACACAUACGUACUCGCAUAAUUCCAGCAAAACAUUCCCUUUCCAACCUUGGAGACUACUCUUACCUUAACAAUCCAGCCCAUUCUAGCAGAGGGCAGAGUAAUGCUUGUUCUCAUGUGAUGUCAUUGUGAUUGACAUGACUAGCCAGGGCUUGUUGCCCAUAUGUGAUGGUUAACAGUGGCUUUUCCCCAGCUGGGCCACGUCCCAAUGAUCUCUCAUUCCUCCUAAAGUGUGCACGUGUUAACUUCCCUUCACUAAUUUGAAAGAAUAUGACUGGUAUAUGAAAUAUGGCUAGAACUCCCACCCAGGCCUCCACCAAUCCAAUGUUUUUAAAUUUGUGAUAAGGCGUGAAUAAGUGUAAACUUCAGGAGAAAGGAGAUAUUAUUGGGCAGCACCCCGAAAGUCUGCAUUUCCUGCAUUUUGUACUAUAUAUGUGUUCUAUAACAUUUGCUUUAAACAUUCUCAACGUGGCCCGUUAUGAAUGAGAAUCCACAUCAUUUCAUGUGUUAGUAAUCCCUAUGACAAAAUAAAUGACUAAAUCAAACUAAA